ACUCUGCUCACGUGCUUCGAGGUGCCUCAGCUGAACCCUUUUUUUUUCUCCUCCCGGCGCGCGCUUCUUGGAACCUUCGUCGUGCGCGCUCGCUCUCCGGCGGAGGUGUGACGAUCCAAGAACCCGGCACUUGGACUCCGCGGCGACACCGAGAGAGCUCGGCAGACCGAGUACGAGGGCGGCUCCUGGUUUUCGUCUGCUUCAGCUAACAUCGAAUAAAACUGAUGGCCACAAGCAGCAGCAGCAGCGUCGCCGGCGUGUGGAUGCUGGCGCUGCUGGUGCUCGGCUCGCUGCUGGGCGCCCUGGCCGAGCCGCAGGCUGGCGGCGACUGGAACGCCCUGUCCGGCAUGUGGGGCAAGCGUGCCUCGUCCGACUGGAACCGCCUUUCCAGCAUGUGGGGCAAGCGGGGCCCCUACGGACCCUACCAGGUUUACCACCGAGUGCUUCCGACGGCCGCAAGCCCUUGGGUUGCCUCCGCUGAUCCCUGGAAGAAUGGCAGGCAUGUGUACAUAGGAAGCCAGUUGGAGCCGAUGAGCAGAUGAUUCUGAAAACACCGCCGUUUAAUUUCAUUCUGUUUCCGGCACAUAACUGGUCACCUGUUGGCGCCAGUAGUUGGAUUUCAGCUUGGACUCCCACGUAUCUUUUGUUUCGUCAGCCUGUAGCUGCUCAUUUCAGCAGCAGCCAAUAGGAAAUGAAAUCUUUCCACGUGCACAGCGUGCCACAGAAAUGUUUGUAGCACCUACUGCAGUUUAAUUUUAUCAGACAGGCUUUGUCCAUUCUUUGAUAUGAUUGAUCUAACCACGUGUUUCUUUACCUCCGCGAGUGCUCCCGCACGAAUAAAGGCAACCCUUUGAAAAAGA